AUGGAUAAGCCACAAAUUAUUUUACAUAGUCAAAAGUCAGUUAAUUAUACAGUAUUUGAUGUUAAAUGGAUUCCAACAUCAGCAAAAUUUAUUUCACUUGGUAAUCAUGCACGUGGAACAGGUGCUUUGGAUAUAUUUGAAAUAACACAUGGAGAUAUUGCACUUAUAUCACAAUAUGAGAAACCUUCAGCUUUUAAAUGUGGAACAUUUGGAGCUUCACCUACACGAGAAAAACGACAUUUAGCAACAGGAAAUUUUGAUGGUUAUAUUCAAGUUUGGGAUUUGGAAAAAAUUGAUAAACCAAUUUAUUCAGUCAAAGGUCAUAAAGAAAUAAUAAACGCUAUUGAUGGUGUUGGUGGAUUAGGUAUUGGUGAAGGUGCACCAGAAAUAGCAACAGCUAGUCGAGAUGGUAGCGUACAUAUAUGGGAUACAAGACAAGCCGAUAUGCCUGUAGCUAGUAUGGAACCAGCAGAAGAUGAAACAAAACGUGAUUGCUGGGCAGUUUGCUUUGGUAAUGCCGUUAAUUCAAGUGAACGAGUUGUUUGUGCAGGUUAUGAUAAUGGAGAUGUGAAAUUAUUUGAUUUAAGAACAAUGUCUAUUCGAUGGGAAACAAAUGUUAAAAAUGGGGUAUGUUGCUUGGAAUUCGAUAGAAAAGAUAUUGAAUUGAAUAAACUUGUUGCAACAACAUUAGAAAGUAAAAUACAUGUAUUUGAUAUGAAAACUCAACAUAAUGAAAAAGGUUUUGCAUCUGUUGUGGAAAAAGCUCAUAAUUCUACUGUUUGGCUUGGCCGACAUUUACCACAAAAUCGUGAUAUAUUUAUGACUUGUGGAGGUUCAGGUUCAUAUUAUCUAUGGAAAUAUAAUUAUCCAGAAAAACGUGUUAUGACUCAAUCUGAUAAUACUCAAAUAGGUGUAGCUGGUAAUUUAACUCUUCUUCAAAAUAUUGGCUUAUCGAGUCAGCCAGCAAGUGGUUUUGAUUGGAGUCUAGAUAAGACUGGUUUAGCUUGUACAUCAGCAUUUGAUCAAACAGUUCGUGUUUUAAUAACAACAAAACUAAAUACAAUUUAA